AUGUCAAUCCUUGUGCGGCCACCGAAGCGUCGCCUUGCCGACACCGAGAAUCUUGACCAGAACCACCGCCGUGUUUUACGGGAUUUCGGCCAGGGAAACAGCGCGUCGACGCCGAUCAAUACUUCAGCCGACUAUGGACGCUUUGACGAACGACCAGGGUCGGGAGAUGGUUCCAGAUACGCAUCGCCGUUUCAAGAGUUGAGCUCCAGUCAGGGAUCGCUGACGCGGGUAGAAGACUCACUCCAGACUCGGAGGAAGUUCCCCCCAAAUGCAUCGAUCGUUUUGAUUGGUAUACGGGGUACAGGCAAGUCGAGCCUUGCGGUAAUGCUCGCGGCCAGCUACGGAAGGCGCGUCAUUGAAGCGGACCUGUAUUUUCAGCGAGUCACAGGACGCUGCCGAGGCGUCUAUAAACGAGAACAUACACUCUCAGAAUACCGCAGGCAGGAAGCCAUUGUUAUGGAAUCGCUACUUAUGGAGCAUCAGGAAAAUUGCGUAAUUGUCUGUGGGCCAGGCGACGUCGAGCGUAAUGGACAGAUGCGACUGCGGGAAUAUGCGAAAACUCACCCUGUUAUCCAUAUAGUUCGGGACUUGGAGAGCAUUCAGUCUUACUUAAAAGCCCGCGACACCGAAAAGGUUCGUCGAUUCCUCGAGCUAUCAGGUCCAAUCUACCGCUCGUGUUCAAAUCUCGAAUUCUUCAACGUAUCUGAGAAAGGCAUUAGCGAUCAACCUUCUGCUAAAGACAGCCAACAUUACACACAGUGGGAUGCCGAGGUGGAUCAACGAACUCAAACAACAACUCCGUUCCUGAUGCUUAAGCGAUUGCAGCGCGAUUUUCUUCGUUUCGUGGCGCUCGCUACUGGUAAUAUUCCCGAGUUAAGAAACCAGCUUUCGCCUUUCCCGCUACAUAUGCAGCCAAUCGAAUCCCGCAAGUUUACCUAUGCCGCAACUGUACCGAUAUCUCACCUCUUAGAGAACGACGUGGAUAUUGAAGAGCUUGAAUCCACUGCGGAUGCUUUUGAGCUCAAGAUUGACGUGUCUGCAGCACCUUCUGCUCGGCUGGGCACCGAGUCGAAUCUUGCAGACAGCAUCAGUCACACUGUGGCGACAGUUAGACGGAAUAUCAUAGUACCUAUGAUAUACCAUGUCGAGAGUAGUGUAUUCCCCGAUUCAGCGCCAUUGCGGCGAUCCGACGCCUCGUACUUGGAAUUAGUUCUACAUGGGUUACGCUUGGGGCCUGAAUUUGUGACAGUAGAUCUGUCAUUCGAGGACAGCAUCCUCUCUCAGAUCAUUGGCACAAAGGGGUCCAGCAAGGUUAUUGGACAUUAUUCGCAGACCCAGCCUCCUCCCCAAGGUUGGAGUGACCCCGAGUAUGAGGCAAUAUAUGAACGAGCAAAGAAGCUUGGAUGUGACAUGGUUCGUUUGACGCAGCCCGCAACGACAAUUGAUGACAACUUCGCCGUCGAGCGCUUUCGACAUCAAAUCAAAACCCUUCCUGGGCCGCAGUUGCCUGUGAUCGCUUAUAAUUCUGGUCCACUAGGCCGACAAUCGUGCUGCUUCAACCCAGUAUUGACCCCGGUGAUACCUCGAUCAUUGAUUUCACAAUCCGGAACAAAGGGACUCCCGUCUAUAACCAUCCAAGAAGCACAGGAAGCUCUUUACUCCUCAUUCGUCCUUGACCCUAUGCAGUUCUUUGUCUUCGGCGCAAACACAACAUACAGUUUGUCCCCAGCAAUGCACAAUGCCGCCUUCAAGGUGCGGGGAAUGCCGCAUAUAUACCGCAUUCAUCAGUCGCCGACACUGCGAGGUAUCAAUUAUCUUGUGGAGAACCCAAACUUUGGCGGAACAAGUGUUAGCUUGCCAUACAAAACGGAGGUAAUUCCCUUACUCCACUCGAUGUCUCCUCACGCCCGUGCAAUUGGGGCUGUAAACACCUUAAUACCGAUCCGGAACCUGGAAGGCAGCACCGACAACGCCCUAGACUUGGAAAAGAACCGAGCAGGACCAAUAAAAGGCUUGCAUGGAGACAACACGGACUGGAUUGGGAUCGGUAUAUGCAUACGGCGAGGCCUGUCGCCAGCGAACGCCAUACGUCCAUCCACAACCGGCCUUAUCAUUGGAGCGGGCGGAAUGGCGCGCGCGGGGAUAUACGCAAUGAUUCAUCUAGGUGUACAAAAUAUCUUCAUCUGGAACCGCACCGUUGCAAAUGCUGAGAAGCUUGCCCAGCAUUAUAUGCGCUUGAACCUCUGCACUCUCGGUGGAAGCGGAUCAGCCUCGUAUACAAUCCAUGUCUUGAAGUCCCUCCAAGAAAGCUGGCCGGCCAACUACAAACAGCCGACUAUCGUCGUCUCGGGUAUUCCAGCACAUAGGAUCGGUGACCAGCCGGCGCCGAACUUCCAGCUCCCUCCUCAGUGGAUCGAGAGCCCAACAGGUGGGGUGGUUGUAGACCUCGCCUACAAACCAUUGAACACUCCGCUCAUGCGUCAGAUCCGCUCGCUCUCGCACCGCGGCUGGGCGGCUCUUGAUGGGCUUGACGUUCUUCCCGAGCAGGGGUUUGCUCAGUUUGAGCUUUUUACCGGAUGUCGUGCUCCUCGACGGCUUAUGAGGACGGUCAUUUUACAAGAAUACAAAGAGGAGGAACAAGGGGAGGAGUAUGACCAGAGCGCUAUGCGGACUCGACUUGAGAAUUUGGAUGGGCAGCCGAUGUGA